CUGUCUAUUUACAGGAAUCUACUCUGAAGGAGUUGGCACAGGUGGCACCAUCUGUAAAAGACCAAAGUGUAAGCAGUACACAAAUGGAUGAAGUAACUCCUGCUGCUACUUUUGGGACUACUGUUAAACCAGCAUUAGGAGUAGCUGAAUCUGCAGGACAAGAGAAAUCCAAGCUAGAGAAAGAAAGUGAGCGUGAGGAUAAAUCCAACAGACUGUCUGACAAAGAGAUAGGUGCUGGAGAACACCAUCACUUGCAUCUUUCCAGCUGUCAUGAAUGCCUGCAACUUGAAAACAGUACUAUUGAAUCGGUCAGAUUUGCUUCUGCAGAAAACAUUCCAGAACUUUCAGAUGAUUGCAAUAGCAAACUGGAAGAGAAGAAUGAUGACUGUCUAGCAAGAGGAGUAAAGAGAGUAAACCUUGCUGGAAAGCCCCCUAAUAUAUUGAUUUAUCUUGGCUCUGAAACUGCAAAAGUGGAAUUUGAGCGGGUAAAAUCAAUCCUUCAGGAAUGUAUUGAUUCAGAGAGCUACACCAUCUACCAGCUGCAUGAGGAACAAGUUCUAAAAGCUCCAUGGAUUGAUAAUUCAUUGCUGUUGAUCAUUGCCACAGAGGAACCUAUUUCUGAGGAGAACCACAAACAAUUUAUGAAGUUUUUAUCUAAAGGUGGAAAGAUUCUAGCUUUUUCUUCAUCUUUUACAUUUGGUGGCAUACAAAUAAAGAGAAAAAGCAAACUAAGGAAGACUGUUCGUGAAUUAGUGGUCUCUAAAAUGGACAGCACUGAAAUUACGUUAAAUCUUUUGGUCAGUGGCUGUAUUUUUGAGGAAGUGAUGAAGGAAGAUACCAGCAAAGUGAAGACAUUGAGUCAAUUAAAUAACGCUGAUAAAGAUACAGUUAUUGUUCAUCUGACUUACGGAGACAGUGGAGGAGAAGCCAUUCUUUCUCAGGCACACUUGGAACUGGAUAUCAAUUCUAUGGAUGUCCAGACUGAAGAGGAUUUUAAUUUGCUUAAGAUAAGCAAUACCAAGAGAUAUGAAGUUCUCAAGGAAAUCCUGAUAUCGCUUGGCCUGAGUUGUGAAUUAAGCGAAAUUCCUACGUUAACACCUAUUUACCUUCUCUCUUCUGAUGAGGAAAUCCAUCUUGCUUUUCUGAAAUGGCUUGAGGGAAAUGUGGAUGCUGAAGGAUUAAGAGCAUCCAGCAAGGUGUCUCUUAAAUUUGUUUCAUCCUGUGAAUCAAAAAUGGAGAUAACUCCAUCUCUCAUGCAAGUCAUCACUGAGAUGGGAAGCUUCUCAUCAGAACAUUUCAGCCUGAAGACAUAUCAACAGAAUCUUCAAACAAAGAAGCUUGGAAAGAUUAUUCUUUUUACUGAAGUUACCACAACAACAAUGAAUCUUCUAGAUGGGUAA